UGGCAGUCACUGUUAAGGCGAAUCAAGAGUGGAAGAAAGAAAAGGCUUGCGCAGUGACAAAUUUUGUUAAAAAAGAAAUUGGAAAUCGAGCGUCACGUCCGCUGAAGCAAAUCCUAGACAGACAGUCGCAUCAGAGAACCCAGCGUGGAAACACAGAACACACAUUGAACCACAUACACAUACAUACGCAAUCAUAAACAGACCAAGAUAGUGUGUGCCCUGUUGCGGACCCAGAACAAGCGUGACCAAAUUAAAGAUGUCGCAGGCCUUGAACAAUCCAACAAGCUCCAGCACAGUGCAUCGUGACUAUGGCGCUACGUCGAGUACCACGCCCGAUGUGAGCUUCGCUGGCGGCGCGACAUCCUCAUCCAGCGGCUCCGGCUUCAGCCCCACAGAGUUUGUGUCGCUCAGCGAGAACAUUGGGCACAACAUUACCUCCAUUCUAAGCAGCAGCAAGCAGCUAGAGCGGCAGCUGAAGCUCAUCGGCACCGCCAAGGAUUUGUCAACGCUGCGUGAAAAGAUUCACAGCAUCAAUACUAAGGCGAACGCACGUGUUCAGACCACCAGCGUUGAGCUUCAGCGCCUGCAGUCCGUUGUGCGUUAUGGGGAUCGUCAACAGAAGCUGCAGCUGGAUAAGCUUAUGCGGGAGUUUACGCAAGUUGUGCAGAAAUACUCAGAGCUGCAGCACAGCAUCUCGCAGGCAACCAGGCAAAGCUAUAUGCAGGCGGCUGCUGCUGAUCGGGAGGCGGAGCUGGCGGCCAAUACGGAGCUGCUGCAGCAGCAGCGUCAGGAGCAGGCGGGCCUGCAACAGGAGUACGACAUGCUGGUCGAACGGCAACGUCAAGUGCAGCAAAUUGAAACCGAUAUGAUCGAUGUAAAUGCCAUUAUGGUGAAGCUCAGCGGCUUGGUCGCCGAGCAGGCACCAAUGUUGGAUACCAUAGAAACCCAUGUUACUGGUACGGCCGUUGCUUUGGAAGAAGGUACCGAAUAUCUGCGUAAGGCUGCUGCCAGUAAUAAUAGCCAUCGUCGUAAGAUCCUGAUACUUUUAGUGAUUGCUGUGAUAGUAGGUUUAGUUGUAACUGGCAUUAUAGUCAGUAAAUUGAGUUAAUUGUUUAAAAUGUAUAAACCCACACACCCACAUAUACACAUUGAAGUUGCAAAUUGUUCAUUCAGUUUUGAAUCAUUGAAUUUAAUUUUACUUUUCUAUUUGAACUUUUAAAAUGUUCUUUCUA